GGGGAGGAGGUGGAGGAGGAGGAGGAGGAGGAGGAGUGUGACUGUGUAAUUACGUGGGUGAAAAAAAAAAAAAAGAGAAAAAGUUGGGUCUGAUUUGCUGGAAUCGCGCAGGACCGAAGGUGCACCGGUCGAUUUCAUAUCAAGUUUGGUUAAAGCGGGGGUGAACAUCGCACACACUGCUGCCCUGUGAAGCUCCCCGUAAUGCUUUUAUACGCUAUCACUGCACUGAGACGCGCAAAGAGCCCAUAGAGGAGUACGCAGCAGCAGCGGCAGAUCAGUUCGCACCGGCUCUAUACGACUACAAUCUGCAACUUGCUUACUCUGCGCGUUAAAAAAAAAAAGAAAAGAAAAAUCUCCUGCAUUCAAGUCUCUGCGGCGACGACAAUCUUUGGAUCGCAAAAGCAAUUCAUGGAUGUUCUUGGAUAACUCCUUUUUGUUUUGUUUUUUCGCGGAUAUAGCUGCUCCUCAGUCUCGCAUGGUGCACGUCGGUCCAGGAAUGGCGCGAUAAAGUGAUCAGAGGAAUCAGUCCCAAGUAUCCACUUUUCUCUGUAGCCGUCUCGUCAUGUAUUCCCCGAUUUGUCUAACUCAGGAUGAGUUUCAUCCCUUCAUCGAGGCGCUUCUCCCUCACGUCCGUGCCAUCGCCUACACAUGGUUCAACCUCCAGGCCAGAAAGCGCAAGUACUUCAAGAAGCACGAGAAGCGGAUGUCCAAGGACGAGGAGCGCGCGGUGAAGGACGAGCUCCUGAGCGAGAAGGCCGAGGUUAAGCAGAAGUGGGCGUCCAGGCUGCUGGCCAAGCUGCGUAAGGACAUUCGACAGGAGUACCGGGAGGACUUCGUCCUCAGCGUGACGGGCAAGAAGCCGCCGUGCUGCGUGCUAUCCAACCCGGACCAGAAGGGCAAGAUCCGCCGAAUCGACUGUUUGCGGCAGGCCGACAAAGUUUGGCGUCUGGACCUGGUGAUGGUCAUCCUCUUCAAAGGCAUCCCUCUGGAAAGUACAGACGGCGAGCGCCUCGUCAAGUCUCCACAUUGCACCAACCCAGCACUUUGUGUCCAGCCGCACCACAUAACAGUAUCUGUCAAGGAGCUGGACUUGUUUCUAGCAUACUAUGUCCAGGACCAAGACUCACAGCAGUCAGGAAGUCCAAGUAACAAUGAGCCAGGCAAGAACCCUCUUCCAGUCUAUCUGGAAGACAGUUUCAUCAAAUCAGGAGUCUUCAGUGUUGCAGAGCUGGUGCGAGUGUCCAGAAUGCCCAUCACCCACGGCGCAGCGGUAAACUUCUCCAUGGCUGACAUGCCCAGCCAACCUUACUAUCACGACCUGAACUCCAGCGUGGGGCUGCACCGCUCCCUGUCCUCUCCUCCCGGCAGCAAAAGGCCCAAGACCGUCAACUUGGACGAGAACAUGGACACCAGCCCGACGGGACCGGACUUCUACUCCUCGCCCAGCUCACCAGCCAGCAGCCGGGCGAACUGGCACGACAGAGACGGAGCAGACAUGUCCUCUCCUACCAUGAAGAAGCCGGAGAAGCCGCUGUUCAGCCCCACCUCCCCGCAGGACUCCUCUCCACGACUCAGCACUUUCCCUCAGCCUCAUCACCCAGGACUAACAGGUGUAGGACACAGUGUUAUAUCAACAAGGAGCCCCCCUCCACACUCACCGCUGCAGUUCUCGGCCUCGGCCAUCUUGCCCCCGGCGCCGUCGCCCUACUUCUCGCACACCACCAUCCGCUACCCGCCUCACCUCAACCCUGCUGAUCCCAUCAAGAGCUACGUGCCGUCAUAUGACCCGUCCAGCCCACAGAGCAGCCAGCCGAACAGCAGUGGUCAGGUGGUUGGAAAGGUCCCAGGCCACUUCACCCCAGUCUUGGCUCCCUCCCCGCACCACGGUGCCGUGCGGCCCGUCUCGCUAUCCAUGCCCGACACCAAGCCCAUCACCACGUCAACAGAAGGCUACUCAGCCCCUGGCACCCCAACGGCUAAUCGUUUUGUAAGCCUGAGCCCUAGAGAUCCCCCCUUCCUUCACCAGCAACAGCUGAGGAAGUGUGACUGGAGCGUGACUCAAAACGGCAGGCAUUAUGGCCCCAGUGCCACUGACGACACUUUGGGGAUUACUUGGCAAAGUCCUGGUACUUGGGCGAGCUUAGUUCCAUUCCAAGUGUCGAACGGGACUCCGAUUCUGCCAACAAAUGUCCACCAGAACUACAGCAUAAACAUCAUUGGUGAGCCCCUGGUCCCCGCUGAGACAGGGAACUGAACCCGCAGAGGCCGGAUGACCCCCAGGGUGGAUGGGCGGGUGGUGCGCAGCAUGCACUACAGGUGUCCACAGCCAUGGAUGAAACCAGCAAAGCAGCAGGCGCUGCAUAACCCCCCCCCCCACUCCCACUCCCCACUCCCCUAUUCCUACUACCCACCCGUCCCUUUCCAACCCCUUCUCACCCCUUCCACGUCACCCCCCACCCCUUUCCCCACUCCCGUCCCUCCCGAUGAUGGACACUGGCCCUGAAGAGAAGACGAGGGGUUGGUUCAGAUGAAAGAAAAAAAGAAGAAGCUUCAGGUCUGCUGUCUCCUCGCCCAGCCCACACACACACACACACACACACACACAAACGUACACACACCACCCACCAGUCAGUUGUUGUGUUUGCAGAACUUUUUAAUCCAUUCAAAUACUGUGAUGUAUAGAUGCCUUAAUGUUUUAUUGCAUGACACUCUAGUCUCUUAGUGGCAAUUCCUACUAUUUUUCCAUGUUGGAGGAGGAUGUAAAAUCUAGAUUUACACACACACACACACACACACACACAUAUCCACACACACACACAAGUGAGGGGGUCUGCAUAUUGACAACCUCUGCCUGGUGGAUGGCUCAGAGACUCUAAGCUCUCCGACUCAGACCUCUUGAAAAGAGGCUUUCCUGCAUCAAACGAUUCACUGUGUACACCAUAGGAACAAAAAACUUGUGAAUUCAGAGUGUUUCUUCUUCUUCUUUUGAUUUCAGUUUACUGUGAUACGACUCUUUGUUCGGAAAAAGAAAAAAAAAUGUGUUGAAUUUGUUUAUUCUUUACUGCUACUUACUUCAAGAAUUAACGUGAACACUUACGGUAAAGAGUUCAGAACUCUCGGUGCAGUUUUUUUUUUUUUUUUUUUCAAAAAAAAAAAAAACAAAACAAAAAAACACUAAAUGCUUGGCUUGAGAUUGGACCCCUCAUUAAAGAAUUCGCAGCUCCUUUGCAAAAGGAAUUAAAACGAGAAAAAAAAAGAAAAAAAUACGGAGAAUACGAAAAUCUCGACAGAGGCAAGUGCAAUUGAAGUUUUGAAGGGAAGCUAUCAGUCUGUCAGCCCUAAGACUCUAAAGGAAGGGGGAUAAAUAUGAAAUGUUUUAUGGGUGAAAUGUCUAAAAAAAAAAAUCUGAAAUUCAGACACGUGUCCGUCUCCUCGCAUGAGAAAAAACACCAAGAGGGAAAGGCAGUUGAAGACAAGCAUUACGCUACCUGUGCAGCAGCGCUGAUCAAAACCAGCACUUAUUUUAAGCCCUUCCCAUCCUUAUGGGGGGAGAUAUUGUUUUUGUAAUUUAUUUUUUUUUUGGGCGGGGGGGUGGGAGGGGUGGGUGGGAAGGAAAAAAAAAACUAAAACAAACAUAAGUAAAGAAAUGAGACACACAUAGUGUGCGACGGAGGCAUUUCAUUUUUUUUUUUUUUUUUUUGAAAAUGCUCACGAUAAGAUCACGAGCAUAUGUAUUUGGCCAUCAGCUUGUAAAGCUUAUGUUUACGGAAAAAAAAAAAGUGUUAAUUCAUGGAACCUUAUUAUUCAUGCAAAUGUAAAAGCUUAAAGCUACAGUUUGUGCAAGGUUAACUCUAAAGUGGAGGAAAUUACGAAGCCAGGUGGUGGCGAAUCCCCCCCCCCUCCCCGAAAAAUCUAAUCUAAGAAUUGUGCACGGCAUGUUUCGCAGCCAUUGCCUCUCCGGUCCGGACGUAUUUAUACAAGAAGAAGUAGAAAAAAAGAAAAAAAAAAAAGAAUCUCUCCAGUACUCUUAAUUUGCACGAUGACAUAUAGUCCACAUUACGUGCCUUGCCUUUGAAUAUAGAGACAUCACUACACUUGUUUUUGCUGCAUUUAUCAUUAUAGGAAAAAAAAAAAAAAUUAACAUUUUUAUGAUAAGAAUUGUUUUGUACUCUGAAUGAAAUUGUUGAUUUUUAACUUCAUGUACUACUCUAUCUCACAGUUACGUUGCAUAUCAAGGCUGUGUAUAGUUGCCGUUUUAAAGUUUGUAAUCAACCAGCAUUUUUUUUUUUUUUCCCUCAGUAUUUUGGUGGUUUUUCUAAUAACCUGUCAUUUUUUUUUUCCUCUCCUUGUUUUUUUUUUUUUUCGAUGCUCAUUUUGUUCAUCUUCCAGUUACUAUUGUGGAGGGUGGAAUUCAGAAUUAUGAAAAUUAUGCAAUACCAAGUUUUGCCUAUGUAGGUAGUGCUUAUAGAUGCGUCAAUUAUUAGAGGCUAGUUUGGAGAUAGACAAUAUUGUAAUGCAUUUAUUUUGUUGAUAUCGUCGUUUGUCGUUGUUGUUGUUGAUGAUGUUGUUGUUGUUGUGGGUGUUUUUCCUUUUUUAUCGACCAAAGUGGGGGCUGCUUUCUAUGCAGUGUAAGACAAGGUCUUUUUAUUCGUUUUCCUUUUUUCCUUUUUUUUUCUUUCAUUUUCCUUCCUACCGAGUGACGGUGAGACGUGUUCCAGCGUACGAUGAAUUCGUGAGUUUUAGAGGGAGGGGUGGUAUUUUUCUAGUAGUUUGAAAAAAAAAAUGCACCCUCGGUCUAUUUACGGCUGCAAAGUCACUGAUUUGGUCUACUGUGACUCUUACUUUUAACUUUCCACCUGGGGUGCUAGCAUGUGACCUUAAAGAAGCUCUUUUUUUUUCUUUUUUUUUUAUCCCAACGUGAGAGACGGCUUGACUUGAGCACGACAAUCAUUUUAAGAUUUUCUGUAUUUUUUUUCUGUUUUUUUAAUUUUUUUUUAAUUUUUUGCGUAUAGAAAUCCCAUUCUGUCUUGGAUCCCUUGGAGCGGGACACGGUCGCGUGCUAUCAGAUCCUACACCGCUAACUAUUCUAUGGAUGUCGCCGAAUGCAAUUCCCAAGUAGAUGCCUUAAACACAUCAGUGAAGUGGCCUGUGACCUGCGCAACAAUCACACACCGACUAAUGCUAGUGAGCCCUGUCCAAAUCAGUUCCAGACAGGCUCAGGCAAGCCUUUAGAAAGUAUUUUAUAAGUAGUAGAUUUGUAUAAAUGUAUAUACGAUAUGCACAUACGUCAGUUCCCUAGCAGAGCCCCGUAGAGAACGUCCAACGGCCCAUUAGAAGCUUGAAUAGAAUCCGCUAGAAAUAAUAAAAAAAAACAUUAAAAAAAAAGAUAGAGCACUUAAAUAGCACAUAGGCAAUCAUCUUCUCCUUCCCCCACCGUGCAGUGUUCAGACUAAAUCUCUCAGGCGUAUUACAGGGCAUUAUUUAUAUCAAUCAGUAUCUUACCUUUUUUUUUUCAAUAUUGAAAAAAAAUUAAAAAAAGAAAGAAAGUAAGCGCAGCUCCGCCGAUGCUGCCGCGACGCCUUUUUGUUUUUGCACUCUUUCCCCUACAAUCGUGAAAGAUCCCUUCUCCGGAGACGGCGGCGCCACCGAGGGCUCUCCGGCUCAAAGCUCAAAGAGAGUUCCAGGGAGCGGAAAUCAUUGUUAUGAAUUAAUCCUCAAGUCAAGCUCAAUCUCUCCGUCUUCACCCAGAUCUCUUACGCAGAGGAAACAAACACAAAAAAACAAAUUGAAAAGUCACCCCGUUCUAUGUGCACUGUUCUGUCUUUUUUUGAUUUGUUUUGUUCUUUUGUUUAUUUUAAAGAAAAAAAAAAGUGCUUUGCAGCCUUUGGCCAUCGGAGACCCCACUGAAGUGCAUUGUCCCCAAGUGUGUUUGCGUGCGGAUGUGUGUGCGAGAUAGAAACGUGUCAGGGUCACUGUGCCGUCGGUGUUUAUUUGAAUAGGAGACUGUACAUAAAGGUAAAUAUCCCCGAUUGCGUCGAUAGCAGUAGUCUGUGGGGUUUGAACUCUGCUUUUGGCAGCUUGCGUGUGCGUGCGUGUACGUGGGUGAAUUCGUGAUCGAGUGCCUCUGACACUACACAAUGAGAAAAGAUGAGGGUCUUUCUAUUGAGAAAAAAAAAAAAAAAGAGCCUGCCGUAGGACAGGAGUUUGUACACUGUAAAACUUUCUGGGGGAGUUCUUCUUUGAAGCCCUUAAUUGUAAAUCUUCACUUCUGGGGAAAAUUAGUCAAUUCCAUUUUAGGAAAGAAAAAAAAUUGCAUUUAUUAUUAUUAUUAUUAUUUUUAAUUUUUUUUUCAGAGGCUGGAUUUGAGUUAGAACUCUCCAGUUUCCCCUGAUUAGUAAAAGUGUUUUCUUCAGGUGUUGUAUUCCUGUAUGUAAAGAUUUUUUUUUUUUUUUUUUUUAAAUGGGUGGGAAAUAUUCUAAGAUCCGUGAAUAUAUAAAAAAAAAAAACAACAACAAUGAAGGCUUUUUUUAUUUUUUAAUUAUUAAUAAUAUUAUUUCUGAACUUGGCUAGCGCUUAGAUAUUUCCAUUCGGGAAAAACACUUCAUGAAUAUUUGAACUGUUGUUAUUUCAUUAGUGUGUGAUGUGUGUGUUUCGUUUUUUAAUUUUCAUUUGGAAGUGGGUGUGAACUCUUGUCCAACAAGACGGUGAGCGUGUUUCUUGUAGCAGCUGGGAAGUGACGUCGCUGAAACCAGUUUAGAGAAGGGCCCAUGGGUUGCACCAGGCAUAAAAAGUGAGAAGCAGGGUCAAAAUCUGCGGCGGCAAAACGUCCUCGAUGAAAUCAAGUCGGUUUGAUUGUUGUUGUUUCUUUUUCGUAAAUUGUCGCAAGGCGACCGGUGCUGCGCCUUGGCGCGUCACCUUGAUUCGGCUGGCCAUGUCUUUCCAGAACAGAUCCAGGCAUCUCUCAUUUUGCACAUGCUGUCGGAGCUACUUCAGUAAACCCUCCGUUCACACUACGAGCAGGCAGUACGUCGGUUUCCGGUGUGCUUCGUUGACAUGUACCAGCUGAGGUUGUGUUUGUUUUUUGGUGUUUUUUUUAUCCGGUGUGUGUCAGACAGAAAUUUUUAAUCAGUGUUCGACCCAUCAGCAGCGUUGGGAGCCCCGAGACUUAGAGCUUAUUUCAGAAAGUAUUAUUACGCCGAUCGCUGCGAUCGCGGAGAAACAGGACGACGUUAUGCAAGGAGGACCUGUGGCGCUCAUGCAAUAUGUGUGAUUUUUUUGGACUUUUUAACUGAAUGUCACGCAUUCUGUAGGGGCGAGGAGGGCGCACGCGUGCGGGGGCUUCGAGCUUCACCUUCUUCCUCCUACACGAGCAAUACACAUCUUCCAUACUUUGGCUAGCUGCUAGUCACUCGGCAUCAGGUUGUUAUAAAAAAAAAUAAAUAAAUAAAUAAAACAUGAAAACCAGCAUUUUUACAGGGGGUAACAUUCACCAAAAGGAGACAGAAAAAAAAAAAAUAAGAUAGCAAUGCAGUGCCUGUUCAAGCUGUCCAAGUGUCUGUUGUAUAUAACUGUAAAAUGUGAUAGACUUACUUUCCUAUGUGGCAAGAAAGAAAAAAAAAACAGCAUCACACAGAAUAGAAUGUGGCAAAUUCAUCUGCUCUUUAUGACUUCUUUGAUGUUUAUUUUUCCUGUGAUUUAUUCUUUUUUUUAUUAUUAUUAUUAUUAUUAUUUUGUCAGCACACAUUGGUGCCCACGUCAGACUUGUUCAACAAAAAAAAACAACAAAAAAAAAAUUGGUAGGAAAUGUUCUUUUUCUUUUCUUCUUCUGAGAGAGGGGAGUAGAGCGGGAGGGUCAGUGCUACAUCAAGCCCGGUGAAAAGCAUGGAGUGAUGUCUUCACUUAAGAUUAGUCACCAUUCUUCUCUGCAGGGCUGAGUUUGUUUUUUUUUAAUUUUUUUUAUUUCUUUUUGGAGGGGAGGGGGUCUUGUGGCACUUUUACUUCCCUCUGCGCACACAUUUCACUCUAUUUUAGGAAUCAUGGUGGAAUUCUAUAUAUAGAUAUAUACACAUGUAUAACGAACAACAACAACAACACCAACAAAACAAUAUGUAAACAGUCUCCAGUAGUGAUCGUAGUUACACUGCAAGUGUGUGCAAAGGUCUAUGUAUGUAUCUGAAUGUACGUUUUAGAGGACUUUUGGAAACUUUUUUUUUUUUUUUUGCGUUUUUUUUAUUUUAUUUUAUUUUAUUUUUUAAAUCUUUUCAUUUACAGUUUAGGAGCCACAGGUGUCCAUUGUGAACUGUAUAGCGAAGGCCUUGAUAUCCCUUCUUUUAUUGAGUUUAGAAAUGCCGAGCAUUAGGCGAUGCCUUCAAGCUGGUUACAUAUUUGGUGCAGGGGCUAAAAUUGCCACAAGAUUAAAAUCAGUGUAAAUAAAGGCUCAACUUUUUGUGAUUGUUACUGUUAUAUCCAGCCUAUACUGCUAGCAGCUGUUUUUACUGCAGUCAAUUACUGGAAGUGGAUAUAUUUCCUAUGCAAAACUGUUUAAACAAUAAAAUGAGCUAUGCUACAAAAAUGA